AUGCUUAAACCAGGUUGGAAAUUCGCAUCGUUCGUUGUAGCCGUGCUAGCUUGGCGUUGGUUCACAAAACGUGCUAGCAUUAGCGAAACGUUUCGUGGUAAAAAUGUCGUAAUCUGUGGUGGGUCCACAGGUAUUGGUGAGCAAAUAGCGUAUCGAUUUUGCAAGCAAGGUGCCAACGUUCUGGUCGUGGCUCGAAGGGAAUGGGCUUUGAAAAGUGUUGUGGAAAAUUGUUCGCGUCUUGGGGCAGCCUCGGCUAGUUACAUAACUGCUGACUUACAGGGAGGUAGGAUUGGCAAUGAACAUCUUCUCAAAGUAAGUAACAUAUAAAAUUAUAAAUAGCCCUGUUCUGCUGAUCAACUCGGGAUUAACUCGAAAAUUAUCAGCCGUUUUUAUUUGAGCGCCGAGUUUCAUUUGAGCGCCGAGUUUCAUUUGAGCGCCAUGUAAUCGGAAAGAAUUAAUAUAUGGGCUACCUUUCAACGGUGGAAUUACAAUUGCUACUUUCAAUUGGGUCCUAGAACUUUUCUCAAUCAUUAACCAAUAACUCUGUGUUAACCUCAAUUCUUAAACUGUAUUAUUUUUUCUACGAAGGACAAUAGACGACAAGUUUUCUUCUGCAAUCAUUUGGUUCAACGAAUUUGUUUGCCAUUGCCGUCGCGUUCCCACCCUAUACAUGUUUAAGGUCACUGUGAUACAUGCUUAAGGUCACUGUACAUAUAUGCUUAAGGUCACAAUAACAAUAACAACAACAAUAUUUAUUUGCCAUAUAUAUAUACAUACAUACAAUUAGAAACAAAAAAAAAAAUAGGUACAAGAAGGAAGGAACUAUAAUUAAUUGUAUCGGAUGGCGAGGAGACCUCCAGAAACCACCAGGCUUGUACAAGGGAGGCCACCUCUUGAUGCAAGAAGAUUAUAUAAUAAGUAAUAUUAUUAUUGGAUUAUUGGAUAUAGGACUAAAAUAUAGAUGUGCUUAACUUAGUAGUAGCUGAGAUAAUUAAUAUAAUAGAUGCUCUAGCAUUCUGUUCCUGAAACAACGAGGAGUAACUUGGUUAAUAAUAUUUUUUGGUAAUGAAUUCCACAGUUUUGGUCCUUGAAAUAGAAUAGUGAACUGUUUAAUAUUUGUUCUGCAAGCGUGAGUUCGAUAAUCAGCCGCAUGUCUUGUGUUAUAUAUAUGCAUUUGACUACCUGUAGUAAAUAUCAUGUGAAAUAAAGAUGGUAAUAAAUGGUUAUGAUAUAGAAACAUGAAUUUAGCGGUAUAAAAUGUAUUUAUUUGGUAAAUAUCCAGUAAUUUUAACUGCGAAAAGAGCGGUUUUGUAUGUGCACGAUAACAUGCGUUUGUAAUUGCCCGCACAGCGCGUUUUUGCAUCAGAAGUAGCUUAUUCAAGUUAGAGGGAUAGGUAGAACCCCAGGCAAUAUUACAAUAAGUUAGAUAGGGAUAGAUUAUAGUAUAAUACAACAUUAACUUUGUAUUGGUCGACAAACAAAAGCGAGAUCGGUAAAUUAUUCCCACUGAUUUAGAGAUCUUUUUACAAAUAUAAGUAAUAUGUUCUGUCCAUGAUAAAUUUUCAUCAAUAAAUACUCCUAAGAAUUUAACGACAUGUACUUUUUUAAGUGCUUGACCGUUAAAGGAAAGUGACAGAUCAGUAUUGAUUCUUUUCUGUUUUGAUUUGAAAACCACGUAAUUGGUUUUCUUUAUAUUAACAGAGAGUUUGUUUGCCUUCAUCCAACAGUCAAAUUUCGACAAUUCAUUAUUUAAAGUAACAUUCAAUUGUUGAAUAUUGGAAUGAGAAUAAAAAAGAUCACUAAGGGGAAGCGGGUAAAAGUUGGAAUUCAUUAGUCGAAUUAAUUAACUUCCUCGAUUGUAGUAUACAUUGAUCAGACUUUUACUUUAGCAUCAAUGUGUUUGUAUAUAGGACUCAUACAAAGACAGUUUUGAUUUUUUGUAAAACGUUUAGUUCUUACUUGAUCCAUACUUUGCAAAAUAAUUUUCGUUUACUGGCUUCCUUCCUUGAUGUCUUGAUAUAAAAUUGCAGUGUUAAAAUAUCAGGUUAUCGUUUUAAUAAACGCGAUUAAAUAACGAUCAUCUAAUGCAUGCAAAGCAUGAGCACUGAGUAUGCAUGCAGUUUUCCAAAAGAAGAAACACCCAUACUCACUGAUUUCCGGUUAUACUUAGGCCCGAAUUCACACGUGUCCGGAUUCGUAUACGCCUGUUCCGUCUACAAGUAUACGCCUGUUCCGUCUGCACGUAUCUUACGGGAUAAAUAAAAAUAUAUACGGAACAAUAUGAAGUAUAAUGGAUGAAGUCAGAAUUCCGGUCAUGGCUGGAAACAGCUGUUGCAUGUGGGUGGUUGGGAUUCGUUUCAAUCGUUGAGGUAGUACUAGUCGUUGAAAUCUUAUUCAGAACGCGGGAGGAAAUGCCUGCCGUUUCGGAGACCUAGCCUCCUCCGCAGGCAACUGUGUAGUUCUGCAACGUUAUUAACUAUAUAAAAGAUUUAUCAGGAACGUAGAAAACACAAGGAAAUAGUUUUGAAAUACGAUAUGAUACUAAUAAACAAAAAGCGUAAAUUAAAAUUACUUCCUACAUUAUCCACAAGCCUCCCUAUUUUUCCGCUCCAGGCCUUUUUAAUUUACGCUUCUUGUUUGUUAAUAUAUAGAGGAUAUUACACGGCGGCGCGAAGAUAUGAUCUUUAUCUUCGAGUGGUGAAAACACGAGAAGAUAAAAGUAAUAUCUUCAAGCCACCGUCUAAUUUAUUGCAAGUUUUAUUGCAGGUAUAAUUACCAAAUUCAGUAUAAUCUCUAAAAUAUAUAUAUAUAUAUAUAUCGUUUCAGGAAUCAUUGAAACGCUUUCAAAAUAUCGAUGUGCUGGUUUUAAACCACGUUUUGUAUGAAAUAAAACGCUGGCAGGCGGACAGAAGUUUCAAUGACGUAGCAAAAGCAUUUGAUACCAACGUUCUGAGUUACAUACACCUCACAACUUUAUUCUUACCCAGUCUUCAAGCAUCGCGGGGCCGUCUUUUGGUUAUUUCCUCUGGGCUAGGCGUGAUAACGUAUCCAUAUUUCGCCUUGUAUUGCUCAAACAAACAUGCUCUACAUGGAUUCUUUAACGCACUAAGGCAAGAUUUGGCACUUGAGAAAAAUGAAAUGUCGAUAACUUUAAGUGUACUGGGAGCAAUCGCGACUGACAAUGCACUCAAAGUGAGCAGCGGUAAUCCCGUGGCCGGUAGCAGCGGCUGGACUCGGCUCUCCUCUGAUGAUGCUUCACGUGCAGUCGUCGAGGCCUCGUUACAUCGCGAGAGGCAAAUAUAUUUUCCGAAUUCCUUGAAGCUUCACGAAUUUGCAAGUACAUAUUUUCCCGAAUUUACUGAAUGGAUGAUAAGAUACGUCUAUGGUUUGCAUAUUUAA